CACGGAUUCGCAGCAUCGUAAAAUAUGAUCAUCUGUUAUAUGCGAUAUUAUGUAUAAAUUCUAUCCUCUAAUAUAUGCCAUGAAUGCAGAUAUCCUAUCGCUAGGACUUGAAUGCGCGGCCCCGACCAGCUCAGAGGCUGUUACUCCCGGUCGUCGUCAUCAUCUCGAUACUCCUCCACUAUCACAUUUCCACCCUCGGACGACGGCCGCGAGCCUUCUUCCUCAUCUGUACUAUCUUCCGGCGUAUCCAGGCCCUCCCGGGUUAUCGAAGCGCUAUGCAACUCGCCAGGACGCCUCUUACGCUGGAAGUCUUGGGCGUGGGCCGCAGCCAACAAGGUACCAACCCGGGCAAGACCACGGGGGCUCCGGACAGACAAGCCUGGAGUGGGUGGGGUUCCUUGCUCGGCGUCGCCAAUGGUAGGCACGGGCGCCAGAGGUUGAUGGUCUUGAAGCUGCAUAGCCUCCUCUGGCUGAGCCAUCGGGGCCUGUGGUUUGGGAACUUCGUAUGGGAGGGGAACAUCCCUGGAUGCUCGGAAGAGAAGAACGUUGGUGCAGUCGAAACUGAGGACAGCCGAAUGCUGAAUGUCUUUGCGGAAAAUCGCAUAGAAGAUCCAGUUGAAGCGGACCACGACAUCGAUGACCAUCCCAACAUAAUACACCCACGGCUUCCGGAAGGCGAGCACCUCGCGAAGCAUUGGGUUCUUCGCGUGAGGGUUUCCGAGACUCCAAUCCAUGGCGAGAUCCCAAACGGAGCAGUAGACAGCAUUCAGCAACGCAAACGUGAUGAACGGCGCCUCAAAGCUCGAGACCUUGUCGAUACGGUAGAGACUCAGGGUACAAUAGUAGAGGACAGUGAACAUGUAUUUGCCGAAGUUGAGCAAGUGAGGAAAGGCGUUCCUCGUGUCGGCAUAUCGACGUAAGCACUGAAGAGCUCUCCAGAUUCCUGGAAGGCACGUGAAGAACCCCAGCAAGCGGGAGUGAGAGGAGUUACACUGCUGAGGGUCACUCCAGUGUUUCGCAUAGAGACAGAAGAACAAUUCAAUAUUCUAAGAUCGAUCAACAACCACUGCCAGAGUUCGUGCAACAAUAGAGUGAUACUCACGCCCAUGGCGUACGUCUGCGAGCAGUACAUAUCACCGAGAAAGAAGUCACGAAAUUCGACGGGG